AUGCCCUCCCCACCAAAAACCUACCUCAUCCUCGGCGCCACCCGCGGAAUCGGCCUCGAACUAGUGCGUCAAGUCCUCGCUCUCAACCAUCGCGUGAUCGCAACACAACGAAGCCCUUCCGCUUCCCUGAAAGUUCUGAAAGAAAGCUACCCAGAUAGUAUGAGGAUCUUAAAUUGUGAUGUCAGUGAUGAGACUAGCAUCACGGAAUUCGUAAGGAACGUGGGAGCAUUAGCCGAAAAUGGGGAAUUUCUCUCACACGAAGGAGAUAGGAAGGGAUUGAUAAACACCGUAGUAUUCAACGCCGGAAUCCUAACCCACCCAGCCCGAAUCACAGAAUUCUCCUCACAAUUCCUCAUCCACCUCCAAACAAAUACCCUCGGUCCCCUCAGCACAGCCUCAAAACUCCUCGCUCACCCAAGGCUGUGUUUCCAUAAUUUGGUGUUUAUAUCUUCGGAUUCGGGGUCUAUGGGAAGGUGGUUAGAUCAUGAAGAUGGGUUUGCGGCGUAUGGGAUGAGUAAGUGUGCGUUGAAUAUGGGGGUUAGACAUUUAGCUGCUGAACUGGCGAGAAAGAGCAAAGGAGGAGAGGAUGGAAUGGGAGAAGGAGAGGGAGAGGGAGGGGGAAAAAGGGAGGAGAAAGGGGUUCCAGUGGUUAUGGCGGUUCAUCCGGGAGAGGUGAGGACGGAUAUGGCGAGUGCGGUUGAACUGGAUUGGGUUGUGGAGGGACAGAUGGAGGUUGAGGAGAGUGUGAGGGGUGUGCUUGAUGUGGUGGAGAGGAAGGGGUGGGGUGGGGUGGAGGAGAUGGGGAGGGGGGAGGCCGGGUUUUGGGAUUGGAAUGGGGAGGUACAUCCUUGGUGA